CUGCCCGCGCCCCUCCCCCGCACGGCGCUCAGUGCCAGGCGGGAGGCGGCAGCAGUUGGAGGCUUCUCUGAGCCGUGUAGCGCGUACUUCGGCGGCGGCGGCGGCGGCGGCGGCGGUAGCGGGAGCGCUUCAGGCAUCUCGGCCCUGACACAAUGCGGCGAGUGGUACGACAGAGCAAGUUUCGGCAUGUAUUUGGACAAGCAGUGAAAAAUGACCAGUGCUAUGAUGACAUCCGGGUUUCUCGUGUGACCUGGGAUAGUUCCUUUUGUGCUGUCAAUCCCAGAUUUGUUGCCAUAAUUAUAGAAGCAAGUGGAGGUGGAGCCUUCCUUGUACUUCCUCUGCACAAGACGGGCAGAAUUGACAAAUCCUAUCCUACAGUAUGUGGCCACACAGGACCAGUGCUGGAUAUAGACUGGUGCCCACACAAUGAUCAGGUCAUUGCCAGUGGUUCAGAGGACUGCACGGUUAUGGUUUGGCAGAUUCCAGAAAAUGGACUCACCCUUUCCCUGACUGAACCUGUGGUGAUCUUAGAAGGCCAUUCAAAGAGAGUCGGUAUCGUGGCCUGGCAUCCAACAGCACGCAAUGUACUUCUUAGUGCAGGUUGUGAUAAUGCCAUCAUCAUCUGGAAUGUGGGGACAGGUGAAGCCCUUAUAAACUUGGAUGACAUGCAUUCAGACAUGAUUUACAACGUGAGCUGGAACCGGAAUGGCAGUCUGAUCUGCACAGCUUCCAAAGACAAGAAAGUGAGAGUAAUUGAUCCUAGGAAGCAAGAGAUUGUUGCUGAGAAGGAGAAAGCACACGAAGGAGCUCGGCCCAUGAGGGCCAUCUUCCUGGCAGAUGGCAACGUCUUCACCACUGGCUUUAGCCGCAUGAGUGAGCGGCAGCUGGCACUCUGGAAUCCGAAAAAUAUGGAAGAACCAAUUGCUCUUCAUGAAAUGGACACGAGCAAUGGGGUAUUGCUACCUUUCUAUGAUCCUGACACCAGUAUCAUUUACUUAUGUGGAAAGGGUGACAGUAGUAUCCGCUAUUUUGAGAUCACGGAUGAAUCCCCAUAUGUCCACUACCUCAACACGUUCAGCAGCAAGGAGCCUCAGAGAGGAAUGGGUUAUAUGCCCAAGAGGGGACUUGAUGUUAACAAAUGUGAGAUUGCCAGAUUCUUCAAGCUUCAUGAGAGAAAGUGUGAGCCUAUUAUCAUGACUGUUCCUAGGAAGUCUGAUCUUUUCCAAGAUGACCUGUAUCCUGACACAGCAGGGCCCGAAGCUGCCCUGGAGGCAGAAGAGUGGUUUGAGGGGAAGAAUGCAGAUCCAAUCCUCAUCUCCUUGAAACAUGGAUACAUUCCAGGCAAAAACAGGGAUCUAAAAGUAGUCAAGAAAAACAUCCUAGAUAGCAAGCCUGCUGCAAACAAGAAGUGUGACCUGAUCACUGUCCCCAAGAAAACCGCAGACCCGGCCAGCGUGCAAAAUGAAGCCAAGUUGGAUGAAAUUUUAAAAGAAAUUAAAUCUAUUAAAGAUACAAUCUGCAAUCAAGAUGAGCGUAUUUCCAAGUUAGAACAGCAGAUGGCGAAGAUAGCAGCCUGAAGAUCCCACCUCCACCCCUCCAAAAAAUGGGAGCAAGAACUUGUGCUUGGUAGCUGGUCGUUGGUGUGGUCCUAGGGAGGGUGGAAAGGGAGGCACUGCCAUUUGGAGACAUUCCAUUUCAGAUUUGUCCACCAGCGAUAGGCCACAUUCCAGUCAGAACUCAAUUCGUCUCCCAAAUUUGCAAAACAGAAGCUGAGCUUUUUAUCAGAAAGCUUUUUUGAUGUUUUAAGUGUUAUGUGACUUGUUGAACUUUUAAAAGACAAAAGUGCUACUUUUAAAAUCCCAGAUAUCCUGAAUUUUAGAAAACACACCAAUUCUGAUUCAGUGUCGUGCCCAAGAACCUUUUUUUUAAAUGACUAGGGACCAAUGCCACAUUGCUUUUUAUAUUUCUUUUCUUUUUUUUAAUGUUGCCAAAACCAAAAGUAGCUUGUUUUUCUUUGUAUUUUGCUACUUUGCAGUAUUUGUGUGGUUUUUUUUUUUUUUUCCUUAAUUUGAAAGGGACAGCACUGUGUAUGUUUAUAAACUAAACGAAGAUAUUAUUUUGUAUAAACAUUCAUCUGAGAACACUCAGAGCAGUAGCCACAUGGUGCUGGCUCAGCUGCAGCAUGAACCUGGUCAUCUUAUGACUGUAUGAAAGGAAGACUUGAAAAAUCAUGUGGACCCACAUUACUACCCCUCGCUCCUGCGUCUUCUGAUCAAAAAAGCUCAAAUCUUACUUCUUCCUUGCUUUCCUUUCCCUUUUCUAGAAAUUGGGUGGUUGUACCAGGAUGCAAUUUUGCUUCUUGAUCCCCUGCUUCAGAUGAUUAUAAUCUGACCCA